GGUUUCAGAGACGCUGGCUCACGCAAAGCCUCUAGCACAAACACAGCCUCCCCUGGCACACAUACAUCCAUAUAUACAUCUAGGAAGUGGUGAGCAUUCUCGCGUAGUCCGCUGUGAAGUCACGCGGCAGUGUCCGGUACAUCACGCAGCUGAGAGGUGUGUAGUCCGAUUGAUUCAAGCUCGUCCCUUUUUUUUUUUUAGUCGACUGUCCUUUUCGGUUCUCGGUUCUCAUUCUCUAAAUACCCAACAUACAUCGGGUCUUUCGUCUUGCCUUGUACGCACGGCUCUGUCGUACGCACGUACUCCGUCUAAUGUCCGUUCUCCAUUUGCCAAAUUCUUUUCCGCUGUUGCUGUUUGCUGACUUCCGUCUCUGUCAAAGCUGCUGAGCCGGUUGGAGCGCAUCCACACUCGCGCUCCCUUCUUCGCGCACCUUGUUAGUGCGACGGGCUCUUCCACGUACCACAGCAAUGCUGACACCUUCGACCUCGCCACCGCUGCUCCCGCUGCAGGAGGAUGAAGUCGCGUACACCCGAACUCCUUACCAGGAAGCCGAGCUGCGUGCGGCGAGCACCAUGAAGGAAAUACGCGAGUACAUCACACUUGUGGACAAGCUCACGCCGGGCGACUCUCCCGCCAGGCGGUUAGAGCUCAACAACAACAUCCGCAAGUUGGAGACGGAGCUGCGCUCGAUCAUGCUUGAGGCGCGACGGCUGGCCGUGAUGGAGCGUCGUGUGGAGUCCUACGGCAAGUUGCAGCAGCAGUGCACGACCACGCAGCAGCUGAUACGUGCGCACUACGGUGCCCUGGUGGGGCUGCAGAGCGGUGCAACUCCAUUCUCGCUCCUGGACGACGACGCGGAGCCGACCGCCGACGACGGUGGUGGCCGCGAGAGCAGCGGCGCCGGCGGUACCCACUACGACAUCGCACAAGACCAGGAGUUUCAAGACUUCUUCAUCGAGACGCGGCAGAAUGACGCGCAGAUCGACGCCGCCCUGGAUCGAAUUGAGUUUGGCGUGCAGCGGGUGAACGACAACGCGCAGGGGAUCCACAACGAGCUGCACGAGCAGCGUAGCGUGCUCAAGGAAACUGACAAGCAGGUAGGCAGGAACGAAGCGCAAAUCAGCGGCAUGAAUAGGCGGUUGCUGAAGACGAUCAAGAAACUUGGCAAGUCGCGUCUCAUCACGUACGUGGUGCUGUGUGUGAUUCUGAUUGUCCUGAUUAUUGUGAUCAUCUUUCUUGGCAAAUCCAUUUAA